AUGGGAAGGUGUUCGCUGUUUGAUCUGGAGCGGCACUUCGCCUUCUAUGGAGCUUAUCACAGCAACCCAACUAACAUUCUGAUUCACAUGAUAUUCGUCUGGCCGAUUCUCUUCACUGCCCAAUUGAUUCUCUACUUCACGCCUUCUUUACAGCCCAAGUUUGAGUUCUCCCUCUUGGGGAUCGAUGCCUUUCUAGUUCUCAAUGUCGGGUUGUUGUUUACAGUGAUCUAUGGUGUUUUCUAUAUCUGUUUGGAUAAGAAAGCUGGCUCCUUGGCUGCUCUGCUUUUGCUCUUCUGCUGGGUAGCCAGCAGCUUCUUGGGUUGCUGGCUCGGAUUCUCCCUUGCUUGGAAGGUUGUUGUGGUUGCCCAGAUAGUAUGCUGGACUGGACAGUUCAUUGGGCAUGGUGUCUUUGAGAAACGAGCACCAGCUCUUUUGGACAACCUCAUUCAAGCAUUUCUAAUGGCUCCCUUCUUUGUGUUAUUGGAGACUCUGCAGACCUUCUUCGGUUAUGAACCGUACCCUGGAUUUCAUGCAACUGUUCAGGCCAAGGUUGAUACUGAGAUCCGUGAGUGGCAAGAGAAGAAGCAGAAGUUACUUAAUUAA